CCUCAGACCCACGCUUUUGACGUCAUUGCAGUUCAAUGCAGCAGAGUUGAGUUGGCCCACACUUUUGACACUGUUCAUAGGAGUUGGGUCUACAUAAGCAUUCUAACACAAGUGGGAUAUUUUGAAAAAUCCUUUGAGUUGUUAACCAUGGCUGUAAGACCUGGCAUUGUGCUGCUAACCAAACUGUCUCUUUUAAUUUACACUGUUAAAUCAUGUGCUGUGAGCUGCUCUACAGACUAUGAGACCUUACUCAACUGUUCAUGCAGUGGUCUGGAGCCACCAGAGACACUGCUGCUUCAAAUAAACUGCAGACAUGAUGAUCUCAGACUAAAUGUUAACUGCACAGUGAGCAAAGAGGAGCCUUUCUGUGUGAUCUACCCUGACAUCAUGGAAGAGAUUGCAGAUGUGGAAACCGUGUGUAGUUCCAAUGCUCUUCGUGCACAAGACCAGACCAUGAUUACCACAAACUCCUCUGAUUGGAAACUGAGAAAUGCAGUAAAACCUUGGCCUCCAUUCAAUAUCCAAGUGAAUAAUACCAAAGGGACCUAUACCAUCAGCUGGAGCACCAAAAACCCAGAGUACUGUUUGGUGUUUAAAGUCCGUAUCAGGACCAUGCUAGGGCUACAGAAGGAGAUCAUUCUGGAGAGCAAAGAGUCUGUUGUCCACUUGGAACAAUUGAGGCUGCCUCCAGGUGGUUACUAUGGAGUGGAUGUACAGGCCAAGCUGUGCCCUUUCUUCCGAUACCAGGGACCAUGGAGUGAUUGGGGUCCCACCACAGUAUGGACGGAUCAAGUUGCAGGAAAUAAUCAUUAUUAUUGGCUCAUCCCAGUCUCAUUCUUAAUUUUGCUCCUGUCAGUGGGGUUUCCAAAAGCUAUGUAUUGGCAGAAGAGGUUUCAGAGAUCUACAUUCAUCCCAAAUCCUAGAGAAUUUUUUAAGCCCCUGUACAACAUUUACCAAGGUGAUUUUAAGGCAUGGGUGAAGCCUGCAUUCACUGAACACAACUCUCUGAAGAUGGAUAUGGUGAUGGAUGUGAAGCUAGAACCAACCCCUCUGUCUUUGUAUAAGUCUCCUCUAGGCCCCAGCUCAAUCCAGAGUCUCGGUCAAUUGUCGAUAUCCACAGUUUGCAGUGCAGACCCACUUUCCCACUGCUUGUUGAAUUCUAAUUAUCCCCAUGAGGCAAGCAGUGGGACAACUGUGGUAGACAGUGAUCCAAAGGAAAUGCCACACUUAAAUCUGAGCACCCUGAAUGUUCUCCAGGAUCUUGAUGAGGGUUUACCUGGAAGUGACUACCCACUGAUGGAUCUUGACACCAUAGACAGUGGUUUUGAAGAGUGCAGCAGCCCCUCAGCUGCAGGGCACCUAUUCUACCCACAGCAGCAGACAACUUUAGAACCCAGUGUAGAACAGCUUUGUGAUCUCUAUCACUCCAAUUAUGUGAAACAAUGGAGACAUACAUAAAAAAAAUUUUUCUACUGUAAAAGCCCCAGUUACUCAGUAAAUGAGGGGAAACUCAAACCACUAAAAGGUUGUACCAACAGCCUUUGAUCCUUCUCCACAUUGUAAAACAAACAAAACAAACAAACAAACAAACAAAUAAACAAUAUUUUUUAUCAAUUUUGGUUCAUUUUAACACAUCAGACUGAAGUGGGUGUGAAAUUGUGAAUUUAAUAUGUCUAUUACUGUCUCAACCCCCGGAGGAUUGUCACCUAAGGUGGAAAAUCUAUUUUUGUGAAACUGUGUUAAUAUUAAGUCAAAACUAAGUGAAGUAAAUGUUGUCAGUAUCAAAGUAAUGGUCACAUAUGUUGUAUUUGAAAUAUAUUUUUGUCAUGUUAAUGCUUAUUGCUGUGCUGUUGUUUGGCCAGGUUACCACUGAGAAUGAGUGUUGGUAAAUAAAAGAUUAAAAAAUA